AUGUCAUAUUCAGGUAUUUAUUUUUUGGAAGGACGUGGCUGGCUGCUCUACUGUUGUGUUUGUGUGGAUCGUCAUAAAAUUAAAAAAUCGUUUCACACGAUUGGUUGUCGCGCACAAUUUUAUUACGAGAGAAGGAGAAUGUUCAAAUGUUCGCGCGAUGGCCAACUCUGGCUGACCAAACCUUUUCCUGGUUCCGUGUUCCGCGAAAUCAUCGUGGUACUACGGAGUAUUGGAGAAGACGUUUCUGAUAUAAAAUAUGUCAUCAAUUAUGACUAUCCGAAUAAUUCUGAGGACUAUGUUCAUCGAAUUGGACGUACUGGGCGUCAAGAUAAAACGGGGACGAGUUACACUUUCUUCACGCAAAAUAAUUCCCCGAAAGCUAGAGAUUUAAUUAAAGUUUUGGAAGAGGCAAAACAAGUAGUUCCCCCACGUCUUCAUGAAUUGGCUGAAAGUGCUUUUGGAAAAGAAAAGGGAAAAAGGCGUUGGCGCCAAACAGAAGGUGAAGGAUCUACUCCUCCAUUUAAUAUGAAAAAGGCGAAUGAUGAAGGAUUUAGUGCUGAUAAUGGAUUUCCAGAAGCUUUAUGGUGA